UAUGUCAUCCGGAUGGACAAAUUGCAAUAUUCGAUAAGGGAUUUCAUGUUUGGGACUAUUUAAGGCCACUGUCCGAAAGAUAGCGGUCAGUGUUUCCGUGGUAAGCCGAAUAGGAAGUAGCCGGAGCGAUGAGAGAACUUUGGGCAAUCGUUGCCCUUUUGUUGGUGGUUGGAGCCGUCAAUGCUCAAUCGGAUCUAUGUGAAGAUCGGCCGAAUUUUUCGUUCGUGCGAAAUGCACACUACUGCUAUCGUUACUUUAUGUGCGUCGAUGGAUCUCCGUAUCCGAUGCGUUGCACUGGGGAACUAUGGUUUGAUGAAGAAGCGCAAAGUUGCCGGGAUCCAUCGUCCGUAACAUGUGAAAUUGAUGGGGAAAUACCGACGCCUGCUCCAGUUCCAGGUAUUUGCGAUGAUACCACCGAUGGCGAACUUGUUCUGCAUCCCUUCUUCUGCAAUACUUAUUACAUCUGCUUCGGUCAAAUCGGAGUGCCAGUAGUUUGUCCAGCUGGUAUGUGGUUCGACACGGAACGCCAGAUGUGUGCUGACCCAUUGGACGUUAGCUGCCCACAUGGUCCCGUAGGUGCCGCGAGAUGCCGAUUUGAGGAAGAUUUCGCUCUUGUUCCCAAUGAACAUUACUGUUACCGAUACUAUCAGUGCGUCAACGGUUUCCCUUACCCAAUGGUUUGUCCAGAUAACACGUGGUUCGAUGCCACUAGAGAUGUUUGCGAUAAUCCUGCAAAUGUUGAAUGCGUCCUUGAACCUGGACAGCCCACGGUUCCACCAACACCAAACAUCUGUGACAAUACCGCAAAUAAUCGCCUAACACCGAACCCUACAGCCUGCAACAAGUAUUACAUCUGCGUUAACCAAAUCGGUUGGUCCAAGAUUUGUCCACUGAACAUGUGGUUCGACGAAGAAGGUCAGACUUGUGCUCCUGCCGGAACCGUGGAUUGCCCUCUAGGACCACCGAUUCCUCCGGAGACAACGACUACUCCCUUCAGCCGAUGCGAUGACGUUGCAAAUCUUAGAUUUGUUCGUAACGAAGACUACUGCUACCGAUACUACCAGUGCCGCAAUGGCGUUCCAUUCCCGCUGAUCUGUCCACGUGACCAGUGGUUCUCGGAAGAAAUGCAACGUUGCGUUGAUCAAGACACUAUUGAAUGCGAAAUAGAUCAUCCUCCACCGCCAGUAUCUCCAACUCCCGGUAUCUGUAAUGAUGCCGCUGAUGGAGAAAUGGUUCUACACCCGCUACACUGUAAUCAGUAUUACCUCUGCGUUAAUCGUAUAGGAUUGCCAACCACUUGCCCUCUAGGCCAAUGGUUCGACGAGCAAAGUCAAUCUUGCAACAAUCCUCUGUACGUGGACUGUCCUCAUGGACCAACAACGCCAGCUCCUGAUCCAUUCGCCGUUUGUGAUGGGGUGUUCGAUUAUCGCUUUGUCAAGAACGAACAUUAUUGCUAUCGGUACUUCCAGUGUAUUGAUGGAACUCCUUACCCGUUGGUUUGCCACGAUGGAAUGUGGUUUGAUGAAGCAAGGCAGAGGUGUGAUCGGUCGGAAUAUGUUGAGUGUGACGCAACUCCGCCGCCAAUUGUACGACCUCCUGGAAUUGAUGGAAUCUGCGACGACGUAGCCGAUGGUCAUCUGUCGCCUCAUCACACGUUCUGCAAUGAAUUUUUCCUGUGCGUUCGGGAAAUUGGUUGGCCAUUGAUUUGCCCGCCUGGAUUGUGGUUCAAUGAGGAAGAACAGACCUGUUCGAUAGGUGGAACCGUUUCUUGCGAUCUUGCUCCACAGCGCCCUCCAGUUACCGAGAGUCCGUACGCAAUGUGUACAGGAAUUCCAGAUAUGGCUUACGUACGGGAUCCGAAUUACUGCUAUCGAUACUUCAAGUGCGUUAGUGGAUCUCCAUUCCCGAUGAUUUGCCCAAAUGAACAGUGGUUCGACGCACGUCAGCAACGCUGUAGAGAUCCUUCCGAAGUGGAGUGUAUUGUGGAAGAAGAACCUCCACGUCCACCACCAACUGCAGGUAUUUGCAAUGGAGUGUCUAACGCUAUCCAAGUACCUAAUCCAAGGGCAUGCAAUCAGUUCUACGUGUGCGUUGACGAGAUCGGGUUCCCACAAAUUUGCGGACCUGGACUGUGGUUUAACGAAGAUCAACAGACUUGUUUGCCACCAGGCGAAGCAUCAUGUGAACUUGGACCUCCUACUACCACAACCGUUGCGCCACAUCCUUGGGCUCUGUGCGAUCGUGUCCCGAACUAUUCCUACGUAUCAAAUCCCAACUACUGCUAUCGCUUCUUCCAAUGUAUCGAUGGAGCUCCGUAUCCAAUGAUCUGCCGCGGUAAUUUGUGGUUCGAUUUGGAAAAUCAAUCCUGCAUGGACCCAGAUGAGGUCACCUGUUUGGUAAACCCCAAUCCACCAGUGGUGCCUCCAACUCCAGGUAUCUGUCUCAAUGUUCCAAAUGGCCGUCAGGUGCAGAAUCCCCGGGCCUGUAAUCAGUUCUACGUUUGCGUCGACGGAGUUGGCUACUCUUUGGUGUGCCCCGAUGGCAUGUGGUUCGAUGAAUUCCACCAGGUAUGUCAGCCACCUUCGGAUACGUACUGCCCGCUGGCUCCUCAGGUUACUACCCCUUCGCCAUAUGAACGCUGUCAUGGCGAAGAGGACAACCGUCUGCUGCGGAACGAUUUCUACUGUUACCGAUACUACCAGUGUAUCGAUGAAGUGGCAUACCCGAUGAUCUGCCGUCCGGGACGUUGGUUCGAUCUCGAGCGUCAAGUGUGCGACCUAUCUGCCAACGUCCAGUGCGAACUACGACCCGGUAAUCCAGGACCGAUCAUUCCAACACCUGGUAUCUGCCAAGGCGUGCGGGAUGGACGCUUCGAGCGAAACUGGAACUACUGUAAUCAGUACUACUUAUGUGUCGACGAAGUUGGUUACGGUCAAAUCUGCCCCGACGGAUUGUGGUUUGAUGAGCCGCGGCAAAUUUGUGAUCUAUCAGAGAACGUGUACUGUCCACUAGGAGCAUCUACUCCAGCUCCAACCCCGGAGAGCCGUUGCUACGGCGCUGAAGAUCUAUCUCUGUUCAGAAACGACGACUACUGUUACCGAUUCUUCCAAUGCAAGGAUGGCUUCGCAUAUCCGAUGAUUUGCAGUGGCGAGCUCUGGUUUGAUGAAGAACGACAACAAUGCUUGCCACGAAAUGAGGUGACAUGUGAAGUCAGCGAUCGUAUACCGGAAGUCCCACCAACCGAAGGCAUUUGUACUGGCGUCACCAACGGACGUCAGGUUCUGCAUCCACUGUUCUGCAAUCAGUUCUACGUGUGCAUCGAUCAGGUCGGCUUCCGCCAGAUUUGCCCCUUCGGUUUGUGGUUCGAUGCAGAUCACCAGAGUUGCGUAGCUCCUGAUCAGGUUGAAUGCCCCCAUGGACUACGGCCGACUCCUUCGCCGAUCGAAGGUAUCUGCGACGGUGUUACAUCGGGAACUAAGGUACCGAACCCAGAGGACUGCACGUGGUUCUACAUCUGUGUCCAGGGAAGGCCCUAUGCUUCGCCAUGCGGUGAAGGAAUGGCAUUCGAUAAGACAUUGCUGACUUGCGUUCCGGAGGCGGAUGCGGAGUGUGCCGACGUUGUAACCACAGUGCCCACUCCCGGAAUGUGCUACGGAAAGGAUGAUAAUACGCUGUUGAGGAAUCCGUACAACUGUGCAGCGUACUACACAUGCAUCGGAGGUAUUGCUGAACCAUCAUUCUGCCCACCGGGAGAGUAUUUCGAUGAAUCGUUGCAGCGGUGCGAACUGGAAGAAAAAGUGGAGUGUUGGAUCGAUAUCUUUGCCAAGUGAUAAUGAUGGAUGCACAAUUUGAAUAAAGUGCUGAAUAAUUUAGAUGGCUAAUAAAUCAAUAGAUAUUUUAUGUUAUAUGUAAAA